AUGGAGGCGGAGCUUGCCAGACUUGCCCGUGAGGCCAGCGGCAUCAAGAACGAAGCUGUCGCGGCCGUAGAGGAGGAGGAGCUCGCCGCGUGGGUGAAGGCCGUCAAGGAGGCGGCCGGUGCCAGCACCGGGCCCUCUCCCGCCGAAGGGCCAUCCGAGGAGGAGGCCGAGGCCGGCAAGCUCCCGGCCACGCAGAAGAGGCGCAUCCUGCGUCGGGUCGGCUCCGGCGCGCCUGUCCAGCCUGGCAAGGUCGUGACGCGGCAAGGGGCUCCGGGGGAGGCCGCGCGCGUGACGAGGGCCGCGGCGGUCCCCCCGGCAGACCAGGGGGGCACCGACACCAUCAUCGAGGAGGCUGCCGCAGACACCGCGGCCGAGGCUGAGAAGGUCGCCACCGAGGAGGCCGCCAAAACCGCGGCCGAGGAUGCCGCCGAAGGGUUCGCCGGGGAGACCGGAGAGGGCGCCGCCGAGGAGGCCGGCAAGGGCGCCGCUAGGACGGCAAGCGUCAGGGUGCCGGCCGAGGGGGAGGCGUUCGACGACGAAGUGCUCUCCGCCGCCGGGUUUGAGGUCAUCGACGAACCGAGCGCUGGUGACGGCACCCAAGAGGAGCGGCUCCUCCAGGCGAAAUCGAAAGAGGCGGUGGCGCACAAGGUGGAAGCAGACUUCGCGGACCGCGUCGCCGAGGCGCAGGCUUGCUUCCGCCAGGCCCAUGAGGAGCUGAAGGCCACCCAAGGCCAGCUGGCGCAGCGCGACCUAGAGCUCCUUCUGAAGCAGGCCGACCCUGAGAAGGCCCGGGACGAAGCGAGGGAGGAGGCCACCAAGGCCGAGGCCAUCCGGUCCCAGUGCGAGGCCGAGCUGAACUCCCAGGAGGAGGACCUUGCCAAACGCGAGGCGGAUAUCGACGCCAAACUCUGCGCCAAGGACGAGGAGGUGAAGGAGCUCGAGGUAGAGCGGGACGGGCUGAAGGACCAGACCCUAAAGUUGGCCGAGGAGAAGGACACGCUCAAUGGCGCCCUCACGGAGGCGCAAGGCGCCAUCCUUGGGCGCCAUGACCAACGUCCUCACCAAGCUGGCCUCUGGAACCCCGACCUUGACUUCGACGCCGGGCUGGACAACUUGUCGGGCGAUGCAGACCUUUCAGGGAUCGAGGAGCGCAUCGAGCCCAUCAGCAGCCGCAUCGGCGGAAUCCAGAGGGUGGAGGGCCAGCGCCGGGACUAG